AUGUGUGUAAAGGAUGCAGAGCAAGAAAUGGAGAACCCAGUUGAAAAUAAUAAUAGCAAUGAUAACAACAAUAGCAACAACAAGAUGCAAUCUUGGCCUUUGCAUUGUGACCUCUUGCAAACCCCGAUGGAGAAUUUUGAUCAAGACUCUUCUUUGAUUAGUUCUAGUGGUGGGAUUAGUAUUGCCGACUCUCAUCCUUUGUCAUGGGGAGAUAGGAACCCUGUCUUGAUUCUUAAUGAUCAAUCAUUUCAUACCUUCCUAUCUUUUUAUGGAAUAUUUAUCUUCAUCACUAUUUGUUCUUCUGUUAUCUCAUCUAGUUUUAUUUGUUUGUGGUGGCUUAUUCAGCUGGAAAGCAUUAGUGAGGAUAGAGUGGCCACAGAAAGGAAACAGAAUCUGUUAACAGACUUUUUUCCCACCCUUCGCUCAGGAGAAUGGUCUGAUAUUGGUGGUCGGCCUUAUAUGGAAGAUACGCACAUUUGCAUUGGUGACUUGGCUAAGAAGUUUGGUUACAAUUUACUCAGUGAGCAAGCUAUUUCUUUCUAUGGUGUAUUUGAUGGGCAUGGAGGAAAGAGUGCAGCACAUUUUGUCCGUGAGCAUUUGCCAAGAGUCAUUGUUGCGGAUGCUGAUUUCCCUGUAAAACUUGAGAAAGUGGUUACAAAGUCGUUCAUUGAGACUGAUGCUGCAUUCGAAAACUCAUGCUCCCUUGAGUCAGGCCGUUCUUCUGGCACUACUGCUCUUACUGCGAUGAUAUUCGGGAGGUCAUUACUCGUGGCAAAUGCUGGUGAUUGUCGGGCAGUAUUAUCACGUGGUGGGAUAGCUAAGGAAAUGUCGGAGGAUCAUAGACCUUGUUGCGUUAAAGAAAGGAGUAGAAUUGAGUCCUUAGGUGGAUACAUUGAUGAUGGUUAUCUAAAUGGCCUGUUAGGUGUUACCCGUGCAUUAGGUGACUGGCACCUGGAAGGGUUGAAGAAAAAGGGUGACAAGAGUGGUCCCUUGAGUGCUGAACCAGAACUUAAAUUGGUUACCCUGACCAGGGAAGAUGAGUUUUUAAUAAUAGGAAGCGACGGAAUAUGGGAUGUAUACUCAAACCAAAAUGCUGUAGAUUUUGUUCGGAAAAGACUCCAAGAGCACAAUGAUGUGAAGCAGUGCUGCAGAGAAAUGAUAGGGGAAGCAUUAAAACGGGGAGCAAUUGACAACUUGACAGUUGUAAUUGUUAGUUUUCACUUGGAGCCACCGCCACCGGUGUUGGUACAGAAGGCGAGAGUCAUGCGGAGCAUUUCCACUGAGGGACUCCAGAAUCUCAAAUGUUUGCUAGAAGGUAAUGCUUAA